AUGAACUCUCUCCGUAUCGCCCGCGCGGCCAUUCGCGCUCGCCCCGUUGCCAUGCGCAUGGCCGCCCAGCGCAGAGGCUACGCCGAGGCCAUUCCCGACAAGAUCAAGCUGAGCUUGUCUCUGCCUCACCAGACCAUCUUCAAGUCGCAAAACGUCGUCCAGGUCAACAUCCCCGCCGAAUCUGGCGACAUGGGUGUCCUCGCCAACCACGUCCCCUCCAUUGAGCAGCUCAAGCCUGGUAUCGUCGAGGUCGUUGAGGAGAACGGCAGCACCAAGUCCUUCUUCCUUUCUGGUGGAUUCGCCACUGUUCAGCCCGACUCUUCCCUGAGCAUCAACGCCCCCGAGGCAUACCCCCUCGAGGACUUCAGCGCCGAGGCCAUCCGCAACCAGAUUGCGGAGGCUCAGAAGAUUGCCAGCGGUAGCGGUAGCGAGCAGGAUAUUGCCGAGGCCAAGAUUGAGCUUGAGGUUCUCGAGACCCUCCAUGCCCAUGUGAAAUAG